UUCUUCUGUUUUUUUUAAUGUACCACAUAAAGGAGGAGAAAAAUGCAGUGAACCUGCUUUUGCAAUGGUUAUGGUGGAUCCAUUUCCAGACGAAGACGACGAAGCGAGCAUUGAAUGGAAGCGAGUGUGGUGAAGGAAGAAGUAGCUAGCUAGGACCAAAAUUGAUAGAUCGCUGUGGGGAAGGAGAGGGUCUCGCGAGCGAAGAAGUUAAGACCUUUUCCGCGAGCUCGUUUCGUUCUCUCGGAGGUUGGAAGAGAUCUCUCGGUGGCGCUGGGAGGAAGAAGAGACGGAGCAGUAGCAGCAGCAGCAGCGGCGGCGGCAGUGGACGGAGUCGAAGAUUUGUAGCAGCGGUCGAGUGUUGUCAGCCCGAUGAUCGGGAUCCUGUGCUCGUUGUUUCUUUGCUCGCGACGUUUUACUCCACCGGUGGGUGUCGAUUCACUUCAUUCUUUGGCUUUCCCCUCUCUCUCUCCCUCUUUUUCUUCGCUUUUUGUGAUCUCGGGAGGAAACAAAAAGGAGAGAGCGAGCUAAAGGACGGAUUAGAGGGGAUAGAUCCAAGGAAAAGCUCUUCUCUUCCUCGUAAGUUAGCUUGUUCCUUUCUUUCUCGUUUUUGGCUGGUAAGAUUUCGCUGUUGGGUGAGGACCGAUUGCUCUGGGCAGCAGCCAGACAGGGGAAUUACGAGCUCGCGGACAAUGGGUUGCAGCUGGAUUGAUUGCUACGAUGCUGCUGCUCCGACCCACAAGCCGGAUUUAAUGCUGGGCGAGUGAAAAGAGAAGAGGAAAGAACAAAGAGGAAAGGAAAGAUCUAGGCAUAGCCUAGUCCACUGUGGAGCGUGUUUGCUCCACAGGAUUGAUCCAGGGCUGGGAUGGAGGAGCGAGUCCAUCACAUCCACCGCUCGUAAUGUGCCAGGGAACAAAAGAGGGGAGGAGGAAGAAAAUGCCGCUAGGCUCUCGUCCUCUUGUUCUUGGGGGAUGAUCGUAAGCUCUAGAGACAGCGCUCUGGGAAGCUAGCUCGAUCACUCUCGGAGGAUAUAGCAUCGAUCGAUAUGGCUUACGCGGGCAGUAAGCGUAGCAAGGAUGACUACUCCCCGGCCGACGAGCAGCAGCAGCUCCUCGACAAGCCGUCCAAAAUGGCCAGGGCUUCGUGGGAUCACGCGAUGGACAGCGGCGUUCUUAGCAACGGGGCAGUCGUCACCACGUCCAGCGGCGCCACCACUGCCUCCACCACUCCCUCCGCCGCCUACGCCGCGAACCUGGAGCACUGGAUGAGGAUUCAGGGCGGCGCGUCGAGCGGCAAUCUGGUAGUCGCGAACUCCAGCGGUCCGACCAACACUGGCUUUGGCUCUGCUGGUGGUGGAGCUAGCGGCGGGGGCGGGGGUGGCGGCGCUGGCGGCGCUGGCGGCGCUGGCAAUCAACUCAACUUCCAGCAGAGAGUGAUGGCUGCCGCGGCAUUACAAGAGAUUCGCAGCAUUCACAGCGUUGGCAAUGGUGGCGGUGGUGGCGGAGUAGUGUCCAAUUCGGCAGCGCUGGGCGGAGGUAGCGGCGGUGGCGGUGGCGGUGGCGGUUUCAAGUAUCCCGCUUCUCAUGUUCUUGACGCUUCGUCCUCCACGACGAACAACAACAACAACAACAAUAGCGGCACCACUAGCAACUUGGAUCAACACCAUCACCAGCACCACCUUGGACACCAUCACCACCACCACCACCUCCCGCUACCGCCGCUUCCCCAGUCUCCAAUGCGUCCCACCAUGCGGGAGCUCGACAUGUAUAGCCCGAUGCUCCAAAAUCUCCCGGUGGUUCCUCUCGUCCAUCAGCAACAGCAGCCAUCGUCCUCCAAAGUUAUGCAGAUCAACAGUAACGCUAACAGUGGUGGCGGCGAUUUGAUCAACUCUCACAUCCUCCAGCAGCAGCAGCAGCAGCAGCCUCCAGCCAUGAAUCACUCCGGUAUUUUGCAGCAAGCGCCUGUUCUUCCGCAAGCUCCUCCGGUGAUCCACCACCAACAAAACCAGAUGAUCCAGCAGCAGCAGCAGCAGUCAGUUCUUCCCCCGGCUCCGGGAUUGCUGGGACGAGAUCCUUGCUCGUGGUUCUCGACGAUCAACAAGGACGCCACCAACAACAUGGUUCCGCCGCUGCCACCUUUGAUACCCUCGGACGUGAUGUCGUCCUUCUCUGCCAUCCCGCCGCUACCGCCCAGCUUGAGCUCGUUCGGUAACACGGAUUUCCUCGACCACCAUCAGCUCCAAGUCCUUCCGAGCAUCCCACUCCAGCAGCAGCAAAGCUCGUCGUCGUAUCGAGGGGACUUGAUCACUCCAUCACCGGAGAUGAUCUUCAACGCCAACGGCAGCUGUAACAACGCAGUCAGCGGCUUGACAAGCAAUGGCAAUGGAUUCUCGCCCAUGGUUUCGUCCUCCCAGAUUGGUGGCAACUUGCAACAGCAGCAGCAGCUGCAAAGAAACUCUGGAAACGGGAACAAGAUGAUGCAAUCAAACACGGGAAACGCGGCGUCGUCGAGGCAGAUCCACCACCAUCUCGCAAACGGCGGGAGCUCCUACUGCUCCUCGGAGAUGGCCGCGAGCUCCGUGACGAGCGUCCACAACCACGCGGCGGCGGCGUCCUCGUCCAACACCACCAUGCAAAACGGAAGCCCCGAGGACAACACCACCACUCUGGCCCAGAGGAGCAAUCACCACCAUCACCACCAACAUAACAUCAACGCUUCUAACAAGCAGCCACCAACGAGAACGUAUACAAAGGUAUACAAGCUCGGAUCUAUUGGGAGAGCUGUGGACGUGACGAGAUUCAGCAACUACACGGAGCUGCGGUGGGAGCUGGCUCGGAUGUUUAACUUGGACGGUCAGCUGGAUCAGAAGUCAGGGUGGCAGCUCGUGUUCAUCGAUCACGAAGGGGACAUCUUGCUGGUCGGAGACGAUCCAUGGGAGGAAUUCGUGAGCUCUGUUCGAGGCAUCCGGAUCCUGUCGCCGUCGGAGGUGGCGUUCUACACCAACAAUGAGACGGACAGGCCCGCGGGAGCCAAUAACAACAACAACAAUAGCAAUGGCAACAACAACAAUAACAACACCACCAACAACAACAACAGUAACACGAAUCUAGCCUCCGCAGGAGGGAUUUGAUCACGGUGACAGGCAAAAAAAAAACGGAAAAAAUCGAAGAAGAAACGAAGAAAAUCGAGCGCUAGCUAUCACAGGUUUUUUUCACUCUGUGCCUUGUGUUUUUUUAGUGUAUCCUCAAAGAGAUUUCGCGCCUAAAUUCGAAAUUCGCGUGAAAGCCCUAAGGGCUUGGAGA